AUGUCCAGCACCCCUUCAAGUGUAGCCACGUGUAGUACGUCAAACGACGACACAUCCAAAUUAAUAUGUAAAAUAUGUGGUGCUGCAUCGGAUGGGCCUCACUUUGGAGUGCCUUCUUGUAGGGCAUGUAAGUUUCGGCUUAUGAAAAGUGUUGUCUUUUCAUUUUAGUGGUAAGGUGGAGCAGGGUAUAGGAUUUAGGGUAGGAAAAGCUAGAGCAGGGUAGGACAAAGUAAGGUAAGAUAUAGUACGGUAAGUUAAUGUAGAGUAGGGUAGGGCUUAUUAGAGUAUAAAAACAUUAUUUUUCAGGCAGUGCCUUCUUCAGAAGGUCAAUUGUAGAAGGCCGAAAGUACAAAUGUUCUCAUAAAAACGACUGUGAGGUAACUUCUGGUAAGUUAAGGACGCAAGCACUUUCUGUACAAAGUAUAAAAUGGCAAGAAUUUUCUUUACAAAACAUAAAAUAGCAAGAACUUUCUUUACAAAACAAAAAAUGGCAAGAACUUUCUUUACAAAACGGAAAAUGGCAAAAACACUCUUUACAAAACAAAAAAUGACAAGAACUUUCUUUACAAAAUAUAAAAUAGCAAAAACUUUCUUUACAAAACAAAAAAUGGCAAAAACUUUCUUUACAAAACGGAAAAUGGCAAAAACUUUCUUUACAAAACAAAAAAUGGCAAGAACUUUUUUUACAAAACGAAAAAUGACAAGAACUUUCUUUACAAAACAAAAAAUGGCAAGAACUUUCUUUACAAAAUAUAAAAUAGCAAAAACUUUCUUUACAAAACAAAAAAUGGCAAGAACUUUCUUUACAAAAUAUAAAAUAGCAAAAACUUUCUUUACAAAACAAAAAAUGGCAAGAACUUUCUUUACAAAAUAUAAAAUAGCAAAAACUUUCUUUACAAAACAAAAAAUGGCAAGAACUUUCUUUACAAAAUAUAAAAUAGCAAAAACUUUCUUUACAAAACAAAAAAUGGCAAGAACUUUCUUUACAAAAUAUAAAAUAGCAAAAACUUUCUUUACAAAACAAAAAAUAGCAAGAACUUUCUUUACAAAACGGAAAAUGGCAAAAACUUUCUUUUUAAAUCGCAAUGUUAACAUUAUACAAUGUAAGAUUUUAGAUGUCCGGAACUGUUGCCGAUGUUGUCGUUACGCAAAAUGCUUACAAAUGGGUAUGAAAGCACAUAGUAAGUUACUUUUUCUAUUUUUUUCAUUUUUUAGGCCUCGAAAACAUUUUUAAAAAGCUUGAAUUGCUUGACCUAGACCUUGCUAGACCUGUAAAGUCGCUAAACCAAGCCCAAUUUUUAGUCCGGUUCCGUACAAAGUUUGCUUUGGCUCUAGAACCUUGGGCCAGUCCAAGGUGAUGCCAUGACAGUGUUGUAUUAGUUUGUUCAUAUAGUUCUGUGCCCCUAAACCCAAAAACUUGCUUUGAGAGGGGGUACAGAAUUAUUUGAACAACCUAGUAUUGAAGGGCACGGAAUUAUUUGAACGACCUAAUACUAAAGGGCACGGAAUUAUUUGCACAACCUAAUAUUAAGGGGCACAGAAUUAUUUGAACAACCUAGUAUUAAAGGGCACAGAAUUAUUUGAACAAUCUAAUAUGAAGGAGCACAGAAUUAUUUGAACGACCUAAUAUUAAAGGGCACAGAAUUAUUUGAACAACCUAAUAUUAAGGGGCAUAGAAUUAUUUGAACGACCUAAUAUUACGGAGCACAGAAUUAUUUAAAAAAUAUAAUAUUAAAGGGCACAGAAUUAUUUGAACAACCUAAUAUUAAGGGGCAUAGAAUUAUCUGAACAAACUAAUACUAAGGGGCACAGAAUUAUUCGAACAACGCAAUAUUAAGGUUGUUCAAAUAUUUCUGUGCCCUUUAUUAGAAUAUAAAGGAUUUCAAACUCCGAUUGACUGAAUGGCUUGGGCUAGGAAUAGGCCAUGGUUAGCGUAGGGCUAAGACUAGACCUUUCAGCUCUAUUCCAUAAGCAAUAUAACCAGUCUGUGCCAUUUCAGGAGUACAAAAACCCCGUGAUCUCAACAGAAACAUUACCAAAACUAAUAGUAAAUCCCACGCCUCCGAUUCAUUGAUACUGAAUCAUAUAAUGCAUCCACCGAAGAUAGCAGAUAGGCUUGAUAUAGGCUACAAAAGAUAUGUUAUAGCACAAGAAGCCAUAUAUUCUACUAUGUUUGUUGAGAAUGUGCUCAAAGAUCGGAAAGAGAUGAUUGUCAUACCUAUUGAGAAGAAAUUGAAAAUGGAAAUGGCAUUAGUGCCCAGUAUGUACACCUUCCUCAGGGAUUACUUCUGCACUUAUGCUACGAUAGAGAAAGAACAAAAGGUAAGAUAAUUUAGGGUAAGAUAUAGUAAGCUGAGGUUAGGUAAAUUAAAGGGUAGGGUAGAGAUAAAGUAAGAUAAUGUAAGGUAGAAGAUAGUAGGAUGGGGUAGAGUAACAUACUGUACAAUAGGAUAGGGCUGCAGAGAAUAUGCCAGAAUACUGUAGAAUAGGAUACAGUAGGGGAAGAUGUAUUAAGUUGCAGUGGAGUAGGGCACGGCAGAGUAGGGUAAAGUACAGUAGAGUACGGUAGAGUGAAAUAUAGUAAAGUAGAGUGGAGGCAAGUAGAGUAAUAGUAGGAUAGGUAGGGUAGGAAAGGGCAGGAUAAUGUAAGACAAAGUAAGAUAUUGUAAAGCAGAGUACUGUAGGCCAAGAUAUGAUACUGUAGGGUAGGGUACGGUACUUUAAGGCAAAUUAAGAUACUGUAAAGUACGGUAGGUUAAGGUACGAUAGGAUAGGGUAGGGUAGGAUAGGGUAGGAUAAGGUGGGGUAGGGUAGGGUAGGGUAGGGUAGGGUAGGGUAGGGUAGGGUAGGGUAGAGUAGGGUAGGGUAGGGUAGGGUAGGAUAGGGUGGGGUAGGGUAGGGUAGGGUAGAGUAGAGUAGGGUAGGGUAGGGUAGGGUAGGGGUAGGGUAGGGUAGGGUAGGGUAGGGUAGGGUAGGGUAGGGUAGGGUAGGGUAGGGUAGGGUAGGGUAGGGUAGGGUAGGGUAGGGUAGGGUAGGGGUAGGGUAGGGUAGGGUAGGGUAGGGUAGGGUAGGGUAGGGUAGGGUAGGGUAGGGUAGGGUAGGGUAGGGUAGGGUAGGGUAGGGUAGGGUAGGGUAGGGUAGGGUAGGAUAAUGUUAAUGAUGAUAUUUUCAGUUAGAAGUCAUAAAGUUGUUCUCCCACGCCUUCAGUUUCUUUCAAGCCAUGUAUCUUUCUACAGUAUUCUUCUCGAAAAAGCCUGAUUAUAUAGCCUAUACAAGGCACGACUAUGUAGAUAACAAGAAGGCGAAAGAACGUUUUGUAAAUUUAAAAAACCCUUCAGAAGUUGAAAAGUGAGUACUGUACAUUCGGCAUUAACUUAUUUUUUCAAUUUUAAAAAUAAUAGGCUGUAUAAAAAAUAUUGAGCUAUGUUUUACUGUUUCAGAAUUUUCGAACCUUUAAAGAAAAAAGCGGCCAAAACCAUUUCAAAAGCCAAAAGACUUCAACUGAACGACCAAGAGUUCCUAUGUUUGGUCGGCAUCGUGCUGAGUAAUGAAUGUGAGUACUAGCCCAGCCCUAUCCUAUCUUCCCCUCCCUCCAGCAAAAGAAAGGGUAUAGGAGAAAGACCAAAAAAGCCAGCACAGCCCUGACCAGACUAACCCAGUCAAGCUAGGCCCAAUUUAGCUCAGCUGAAUUCAGUUGAGUUUAGUCUGGCCCAGCUCGGCUCGGCUCGGAUCAUAUCCAGCUCAACCCUGCUAAGGCCGACUCAACCCCAGCCCACUCCAGCCUAGCACAUCCCAGCCUAGCUCAGUCUUAGCCCUACCCUAGCCCAGAGCGCUAGCCCAGCCCAGCAUAGUCCAGUCCAGUCCUAUUCUACGUAGCCCAGGCAUUAGCUUUACCUCUAGCUGCCCUAGCCUUAGCUCGCGCCCUAACCCACCCCUCCCUAGCAAAGCCCAGCCCAGAUCAGACUAUAGGGCUGGAUUAGACUAUAUCAAUGAAAGUGCACUAGACUGGCAAAACCAAGCCUUAGCUCCAGCACUACCCUAACCCCAUCCGUAGCCCAGAGCUCUAACUUAAAAUAAUACAAAUUUGUUACAGUAACCUACCGUCUCCAACUCCCCCAAGCAGCCGAAGAGAAGCGUCGCCUAAUGUCCGAGCUGUACGAGUCCUGUAAAGAAAACAGUCCAACGAAUGCGAUGAAAAGAUUCGGCCAAUUGCUACUAUUGAUCAGGGACAAUGAGGAGGCUGGUGCCAUUUUCAAAGAAUGCGUCUUCCACGCCCUUCUAGUCAACGAUGUCAUCCGAGAUUCGACGUCCAAAUUCAGGGAACUCAGCGAACUUUUUGUUUGA